AAAAGUGGAAGCAAAAAUAUAGACAAUCUCAGUGCUAAUCUAACUACGAGCUUAAAAAUGAGUAUGCCAAUAGUAACCGUGAAACAAGGCAAAUUAAAAGGGGCGAUGGUACGGAAUAUCUUAGGAUCAUCGUCGUACUACGCUUUCAGAGGAAUACCGUUCGCAACACCUCCUGUUGGAGAACUCAGAUUUAAAGAUCCGCAACCGGCCGAGCCAUGGACAGGUAUCAAAGAUGUCUCCAAAAACGUUGAAUAUUACUGCAUGCAGCGCCAACGAUUUAUACCGUAUCAAAUCAUUGGCAGCGAGGAUUGUCUUUACCUGAACGUCUACACCAAUUCUCUUGAUCAAUUGAAACCGGUUAUGUUCUAUAUUCACGAGGGUGCGUUUAUAUGCGGUACUUCGAGUUUCCAGGAAAUGAGGCCCGAUUACCUGCUCCCGAGAAACGUGGUGGUCGUCUCGAGUAACUACAGAGUCGGUGCAUUCGGAUUUCUAAAUCUGGGCCACCGAGUCGCGGCCGGGAAUUACGGCCUCAAGGAUCUGAUCUUGGCUUUGGAAUGGGUGAAGGAAAAUAUCUCCAACUUUGGGGGGGAUCCUAACAACGUGACGAUUUUCGGCGUAAGCGCAGGAUCGGUUUUGGUUCACGCCUUGCUUUUGUCGCCACGCGCGGAAGGAUUGUUGCACAAAGCGAUCAUGCAGAGCGGUGUGCUUUGGAGUUCUUGGUGCAAGAGUCAGAAUUAUUCUGUUCGUGGAUUCAGAUUAGCCGCCCUCCUCGGUGAAACAUCGAAAAAUCCCGAGGAGGUGGUCGAAUUUCUGCGAAAAGUGCCAGCCGAGGAUAUCGUGAAAAUUCAAUCUAAUAUAGUGACGAUAGAGGAAAAAUUCUCCUUCGAGAUUCCUUUCGGGGUGAGUUACGACGAGAUAGCAGACGAUCCCGUUAUGCCAAAAUCUAUCGAUGAAUUACUGAGGACAAGAGGAAGUAAUAUCCCCGUAAUAAUCUGUUACACGGCUGACGAAUGCAUAUCAUACGUAAAAGAUAAGUCGAGGGAGACGAUUGAAACGUUGAACGAAUAUAUGCCCAAGUACGUGAGAAGUUUGAAAUCGUUGAAGAAAUUAAAUGAGGAAGAUUUUGAACGAAUUUACGAUACGAUAAACAAUCGAUUCUUUGAAGGGAAACCGAUUAAUGAAAAAAAAAUCCGCAAAGCAAUCGAGGCAUUGACUCAUAUAUAUUUCGAACUUCCUAUUAUCGUGAUGAUAGAAGAUCUAGUGAAGAGGACAACCGUGUCUAAUUACGUUUGUAGAUUCUCGUACGUUGGAAAUGAGGAAUCGGCCAUUGAUUUUAUACAAAAACGUCAAGUUUCUGGAGCAGCUCAUACGGAUGACGCGCCAUAUUUGAUAUAUUCACCGAAAUAUAAAGUUUAUGAGCCUAAUCCACCAGUAAUCGGUACAAAAGACAGAAUAACAAUGGAACGAAUGACUAGAAUGUGGACUAAUUUCGCAAAAACGGGGAAUCCUACCUCGGUUAAAGAUGAAUUUGUUAACAUUGAUUGGAGGCCCGCAACAAUGGACGACCUCUGUUUUUUGGAUAUUAAUAAUGAAUUAAAGAUGCAUCCCAUUUUACCACACAUUUUAUCCUCUUCAUAAGUUUUAUUUUGUAAUUUUAUUUUAUUUGUUUUUUUUUUGUAAUUAUAAAUAUAAUUAUAAUUAUAAAUUGUA